AUGCUCUUCUCCAAGCGCACCCUCCUCGUCGUGGCCGCCGUUCUGUCUGCGCAGGCGCAGGCCCAGAGCGCCCGUGAGGAGCUGCAGGCUUGCAUUGUCAACUGCUCCAGCACCGCCGCCACGAGCGUCGGCUGCACGGGCCUCACCGACAUCAACUGCUACUGCGCCAAGCAGGAGUUCGCCAACGAGGCCGGCGCGUGCGCCGCCAAGUGCCCCAACUACGUCGACGCUGCCCUGCAGGCCGCGUUCGGCCAGUUCGAGGACACGUGCAAGAACGCCUCGACGCCCUUCACGCUCACGCUGCCCUCGGGCGGCAGCGCCGCGUCGCCCACGGGCUCGGCCAGCUCGGCGCCCGCCGCCUCGGGCACGCCCGCCAACGGCAGCGUCACGAGCGCGCCCGCUGCCGCCACGAGCGCGCCGGCCAAGGAUGCCGCCGCCGGCCUCGUCAUCCCCGGCCUGGCUGCCUUCGGCGCCGCCGCCGCUGCCGCCUUCUUCGCCCUCUAA